AAGUAAGAAAUUGAGGCAUGUGCUUUAUUAAUAAAUCAACAAGAAGCUCUCCCCAACCCCGCGUAAAAGAGAGAGAGAGAGGAGAGAGAGAUGUGAAUUGAUCCGAUCUCCAACUCCAUCGCCAAGCUUUGUCAAUUCUCAGCCUAAGCUCGCCGAGUGAAGGAAUUGAAGCUUCUGAGAGAGAACUGAAUUUGAGAGAGCCUUUUGUCUUUGUCUCCGAUAUGCAUAAAACGGCGCAAGCUUGGUUCACCGGAGGCCCCAGCAGUGGCAACACCGACGAUCUGCAGAAAUCUUCGCCGUCUCUGCUUGCAGAUUGGAAUGCUUACGCCGCUUCCAAACCUUCCGACGAAUCGGAUUCUACCGGCUUAGGCUUCGAUCUCGAAGCCGCUGUCGGAACCGCCAAAGAUACGGUCUCCGGCACUUUCAACGUAGUUUCGAAAGGAGUCAGGGACUUGCCAGGGAACUUUCAGUCUGCCACUAGCAAUGUCCCUUCUGGAAAAUCGCUCAUGUAUUUUGGUGUACUCCUAGCCGCUGGUGUGUUUUUCAUCUUCAUUGCAUUUACCAUGUUCCUUCCAGUCAUGGUAUUGGUCCCUCAGAAAUUUGCUAUCUGCUUCACUAUUGGUUGUGCCUUCAUCAUUAGCUCAUUCUUUGCCCUGAAAGGUCCUAAAAAUCAGCUUGCACACAUGUCGUCAAAAGAGAGGCUUCCUUUUACACUGGGAUUCAUUGGCACCAUGGUGGGUACGAUUUAUGUUUCCAUGGUGCUUCACAGUUAUGUUCUCUCUGUGCUCUUCUCUGUGUUACAGGUCCUUGCACUGUCGUACUAUGUUAUCUCAUAUUUCCCUGGGGGAUCAGCUGGGCUGAAGUUUCUUUCUUCGACACUUACCUCAAAAUGUUUCGGGAGAUGACAUUAUUGUCUGCCUUAUCUAAUAUUCUUUUGUCAGUUGCCUGUUUUUAUUGCUAUUACUACACGUUAGAUCUGACAUGUUUCAACUAAUAGCAUUCAGAGUGAUCUUAUUUCUCUUUGGAAAUUCAAUAUGUAUCCGAGUCUUUUUCAAAUAGUAGUACAUUACUUGAAACAAGUUUUUCCAAUGUUAGUCGUACAUAUGGGUGCGAAGCUGAAUUGGAAUUACUCCAAGACUCGUGCUUGAAUCUCACUCUCGUCUGUCCUUACUUUUAUCAUUGACCUAAGACAGAAAAUGCAAUGCGAUUUUAACGUGUGCCUUCA